UAAUCCAUUUUAAAAAUGUCAGUAGACGUUUCACAACAGAUUUUGGCCAAGACUUCUGAUGUUUUCUGUUCAUCCUGUGUGGUUCAGGUGCGGAUCGCCCUGCAGAUGGAGGACGGCUCUCGUCUUCAGGACUCUUUCUCUAGUGGACAGACAUUAUGGGAUCUACUGACCCACUUUCCUCAAACCAGGACGUCUGAUCUGGAGGCGUCUGGACCCACACCAGUGUGUGUUUACAUGAGAGACGAGAUCAGCGGUGAGGAAGUGCUGAAGAAGACGACUCUAAAGUCUCUGGGCCUCACGGGAGGAAGUGCCAUCAUACGAUAUGUGCUGAAAGGCUCCAGCUCCUCAUGUCCUGCUGCGGACAUGGAUGCGGUCAAGACAACCAUAUCACAUCCGCCUCCACCAGAACCAUCAGCCCCUGCUCCCAUGAAAACCCCAGCUCCGCCCACUGAGGUCGCCGCCCCAUUGAACCAUCACCCUGUCAAACAGGAAGAGGAGGAGCCGAACACGAGCCAAGAGCAAGCAGUGCGGCCUAAAACUAAAGCCGCUGGUGAGCCGCAGGAGUCUCAGAUAAUGAUAAAAGAGGAUGACGAGCGACCGGGGACGUCCCAACAGUGCCAUGGCUCCGCCCCCUCAGCCACGCCCACUAACUUUGUGCCAUUUGCGGGAAGCGGACAGCGUCUGGGAGGACCUUCGGCCACUGGAUUGAAGGGUUCGACCUCGUGGUCAUCAUGUGUGUCCGGCAGCCCUCCCAAAGCCAAAAAACCCAAACCCAGCGGUGAAAUCAAGAGAUCAGUCAGUGCCAAACAAGCGACGAGGGCUGAAGAGGAAGCGGAUGAAUAUCUGGAGCCGGUUGACAGGGAGCCACUGAUCUUCCAUCUGGAUUCAGGAGCCCGUCGCCAUGACGACAUAGAACUUCCUGACGAGUUUUUUGAGGUCACCGUGGACGACAUCCGGAAGAGAUUCGCCCAGCUAAAGAGCGAGAGGAGGUCGUUUGAGGAAGCUCCUCUCAUGACGAAAUCUCUCCGAGAGUCUCAGAUGAAGGAGAAGUUGGACAGGUAUCCAAAGGUGGCGCUGAGGGUCCAGUUUCCAGACCGCCAGGUUCUUCAGGGCUUCUUCAGGCCUCUGGAAACAGUUGGUGCUCUGAGAAGUUUCGUCAGAUCUCACCUGCAGGACCAACAACUGCAGUUUUACCUGUGUGAGUUUCACCACACACAAACACACACACACACAAACAAACACACACACAGACUCAUGAUAUGUGUGUUUUAUCUGUGUAUUUUUUACUUUCUAGUUGUUGCUCCACCCAAAACCAUCCUUGACGAUCCAAGUGUCACUCUAUUCCAGGCGAAUCUCUUCCCUGCUGCUCUCGUGUACUUUGGCUCAGACGUGACGACAGAUUGUUACUUGCGCUCUGAUCUUCUGGACGUCAGUGUCUCCGCCCUACAGGCAGAUGAGCUCAUUGCAGGCUGUAUGCCGCGCUCUCCUCCUCCACUCUCCUCAUCCGCUCCCGCUGAACACAUCCCGCCGUCGGCUCCCGAGUCAUGUGAUUCCUCCGGCCAGCGGGCGGCGACAGAGGAUGGCUGUGACUCUCAGGCGCCGGCCCCCAGACCCGUGAGGAACGACCCCGGGAAAGUGCCGAAGUGGCUCAAACUGCCAGGUAAGAAGUGACGUUUGACCAGCACAGGAAGACAAGAGCGUUUGGAUUCUCCAGCUACAAUAGUUCAAUAGUUUAACAAUAUUUCAUGCAAACCUUCAUCAAUUAAACACAAUGUUAAUUGCCAA